AUGAUUGAAGAUUUAACCACCGGGGAGAGCGCAACUCGGACAGUCUUUGCAACUACGAGCACCGCCACAGCGAAAGGCUGGAGCGCCGAGUGGGUCGUGGAACGCUUUCAGACCGACGGUUCCCCAGUUCUUUUUGUCGGGUUUGACCAGGUCCGAUUUGCGGGGUGUGUUGCAGAGGCACCAUAUGGGGAGCAUGGGGUUGAGGGAGCGACGAUCUAUGAUUUGAGUCGCCACAAUGCUUCCAUCAACAGCGCCCCAGGAGCUUGGGUACCAUUCACGGGACUGGAUAUCAAGGUAGCAGAGUGGGAGCCGAUAGUUGAAGGCCGGAUCAUCUUUGGCGGGACGCACAGAUAUAUGUACUGUUGCCGUUGGACCGAUGGGGCUCGUGGGAAGGUAGACAAGGUUCGUGUCGAUUGUCGGGCUCAGCAGCGGAUGAUCGAGAAUGAUCGAUACGAACAGGCAUUAGCAUCUGUCGGGCUGAUGAGUAUUUAUCGUCUUUUCGAUGGACUACCAAAAUGUGAUAGAGUCAAGACCGUUCUGCUCCCACCUCAUGCCAACUUGACCGAGAUCUCUGCCGGACUUGACUUGCUGUGGCGCAACGACCUUGACCCUGCUAAGGUGGUCUUGGGCCUUGGCUUUUAUGGCCGAUCCUUUACCCUGAAGGACCCUUCCUGCAACAUUCCCGGGUGUCCCUUUAUUAAUGAAACCGGACUAGGAACCACCUCUGGUGGCGCAGACCCAGGGAAGUGUACUGGAACUAGUGGAAUGCUGUCCAACUAUGAAAUCUCUCGAGUUAUUGAUGCCUAUUCUCCAGAUGUGAUCCACGACGAAGAGGCCGGAGUUAACUGGAUCACCUGGAACUCCAAUCAGUGGGUCUCUUUCGACAAUGCCGUAACACUCAUACCAAAACGUGAGAUGGCUAAUUCACUGUGUCUUGCGGGAACUUUGGCCUGGGCGCUGGAUUUAGGAGGCCUAGGCACUAUGUCAGCCCCGGCCAAUCUUGAUCCAAAUGCUGGAAUGGGAGGCGUUCGGCCAGAUGGCAGUGACAGUGGUUCCGGGGACGUCUAUAUUGGCCCCGAAAUCUACGAAGGAAACAGCACGGUAAAUUGUGUGCCUCCUUGCAAUUUGAUCUUUCCGCCAUCUACCUUGCCCACCCCCACUACUAUCGUUUUUCCUCCCUAUACUACCUCUCUUGAAAUUGCUUGGCCUACCACCACCAUUACCACCCUCGACGAUGGUACCGUAACAACCUCUACGGAGUAUCUACGCAAUCUCACGACCACCACGCUUACCAUUCCUCCGGUGACGACUGACAAGAUCGAUUGGUGGAAUCUCAAUCUCACCAGCUCCACUAGUAAGACAACCUUCACCUUACAAAGCAGCAUCCUACCCCCUCCCUUCUACAUCACGAACUCCCCCGAAGCAGCUAGGUCUCGUGGAAUUACACCCCCGCCAUUCCCUUGGUCUACCAUAACCCAUCCCUCGGAGGAGAGUCUUCCUACACUCACGUUCAUCGAGGGCCCUCCCAGUCCCACGUGUCUUACGGGGUGUGGUCAUAAAUGUCAUAUAUUUUGCGAGGGUGUCUGCGAGCGUGACUGCAGUGGUGGGGGCAGUGACUUCUAUGAUCCGGACGAUCCGGAUCCCCCAACAAAGCCCGGCUGUCGUGGGCCAGAUUGUCAUAAUGUGGGAUAUGUACUGGGCCCAAAUGUUGGGUCACUGCUUGCAGCGGCGAGGACUGUGACCCGGAUGGCAAUUGUUCUGGUUCCAAGUGCAAGGCCUCUGGAUGCGUUGGGCCCCACUGUGGUGGCAACGGAGGAUGCUUUGGGCUCAACUGCUUUUCAUUUGGAUGUAUAG